GGUCAGAGAACUUGAGAGCCAGAAGGAACUUGAGGAACAGUUAGUCACCGUCCGCUGCCACCUCCAGGAGCUGUCCCGCCACAGACCCCUCCCACCUCCCCCUGUCCAGACGGAGCUGGGCUCGGGCGGGCUGGGCCGCCUCCGGUGCUGACGUGGUCGAUGACGAUGAGGUCUUUGCAGUGCUGUGGUUUCAGCUCAUUUUCUCCUUUUCCAGGCUGCAGGAGAAGCUGCUCUUCCCUGUCCUGCGGUUUAAAAUGCUUCUCACAAGCAGUUUGGGUCCCGCACCAACCACUUCCGCGCACACGCUUUUACGCCUGUAACGUUGGGCUGGUCCCGAGUCCUCGGACAGCCGCCCCAGAUGACGCCUCUUCCCCGACACGGGUCCCAGGGAAACCAUGACUCACACGCAGCCCUCGGCACUCGCUCAGGUGCCCUGGCAACAAGAUGCCACAUCAGAGCAGAGGGCGCUGCAUGCGCGGCACAGUGCCUCUCCUCGCAGGCAGGCCGAGCGUCCGCGCCCAGCAGGCCCGUUUCUGUCCAGCUGGCAGGGCCCAAUACUACCUGGUCAAGCCCGCAGAGCGGCCAUAUCAGAGCCAGGCCGGGCACUGCCACAAGACAGGCAGCUCCAGAGCAGGGGAUCUAAAAUCUCCACGAGCGGAUGCAAGGCUGAGGGACCCCCGCGGGAAGGGCUGGGCCUUCACCGCUUUGGCCCACCACGGCCCGGCUUCAGAACCCAGCAGGCUUCCACGGGGAGAACCGAACGGUCUGUGCUGCAGAUCCCACAGCGUGACCUCUGCCUGAUGGGAAUUCUGUCCAGUCACAAGACCCUUGGUGUCUCCCAGGCCCACGGCCAAAGUCGGAAUGGGAAUGACACCCCUGCCGCCCCCGCGGACAGCAGCAAGCACCGGCCCGCAGGGCUUGCGGAGCUUUUCUUCCUCCUUCUUCUCCGCAAGCUCCCCUCUCCCCGGGAAGGUUUUGGAGGUGCCAGUCUGGAGUGGCGAACGCACACGCUGGCAGAAUGUGAGCCCUAGCACCAGCACCGUCACCAGUACCCUGGAGGUCGCAGUGGGCCGAGGGCCACAGGCUCCCCAAACAUGCUCGGACCUGAGCAGAGACACAACUGGGCUAGAGGAGCCUGACAAAUAAAUGAC